CUGGGUCGGCUAUUACUACAGCCCCCAAUGUAUACCUCUCAGCCAAGCAUGUCCUGCCAUUUACCCACACUCUGAGCUCCCCAAAGUUUAUGGAACUUAAGGAUAAGUGAAGUUCAGUUCUUCUCUGCGCUCUUGAAGAGUGACUCGAUGCCCCUGGGUCAGGCUGGCUGUGGGAAUGAAGUGGUUGGGAGAAGCCAAGACCAUGGUGGUGAAUGGCAGGAGGAAUGGAGGCAAGUUGUCCGCCGAGCACCAGGCCCGAUCACAGCAUCAUGGGAAGGACCCCGCCAAGGCUGGCAAGGAUGCAGGCGAGAGGCGCUCCAGCAGAUCAGCUUGUCCAGUCUGAUCCUUCUGUCUCGCCCUGGUAAUGGUCAUUCAGGAUUUGAGGGGCAGAGUCGCUAUGUGCCAUCUUCAGGAAUGUCCGCCAAGGAGCUCUGUGAAAAUGAUGACCUGGCGACCAGUUUGGUCCUUGAUCCCUAUUUAGGCUUCCAGACGCACAAAAUGAAUACGAGCACCUUCCCUUUGAGGAGCUCCCGGCAUUUUUCCAAGUCUGACAGUUUUUCUCACACCAACCCUGUGAGAUUUCGGCCUAUUAAAGGAAGGCAAGAAGAACUAAAGGAAGUAAUUGAACGUUUUAAAAAAGACGAGCACUUGGAAAAAGCCUUCAAAUGUUUGACUUCAGGCGAGUGGGCACGGCACUAUUUUCUCAACAAAAACAAAAUGCAAGAGAAAUUGUUCAAGGAACAUGUAUUUAUUUACUUGCGAAUGUUUGCAACUGACAGUGGAUUUGAAAUACUGCCUUGUAACAGAUACUCAUCGGAGCAAAACGGAGCCAAAAUAGUUGCAACGAAAGAGUGGAAACGAAAUGACAAAAUAGAAUUACUGGUGGGUUGUAUUGCCGAGCUUUCAGAAAUUGAGGAGAACAUGCUACUUAGACACGGAGAAAACGACUUCAGUGUCAUGUACUCCACAAGAAAAAACUGUGCGCAGCUGUGGCUGGGGCCUGCGGCCUUCAUCAACCACGAUUGCAGACCUAACUGUAAGUUUGUUUCAACUGGCCGAGAUACCGCGUGUGUAAAGGCCCUGAGAGAUAUUGAACCCGGAGAAGAGAUUUCUUGUUAUUAUGGAGACGGGUUUUUUGGUGAAAAUAACGAGUUCUGCGAAUGUUACACUUGUGAAAGGCGGGGAACUGGUGCUUUUAAAUCCAGAGUGGGACUGCCCGCACCUGCUCCUGUUAUCAAUAGCAAAUAUGGACUCAGAGAAACAGAUAAACGCUUAAAUAGGCUAAAAAAGUUAGGUGACAGCAGCAAGAAUUCAGAUAGUCAAUCUGUCAGCUCUAACACGGAUGCAGACACCACUCAGGAAACCAAUGACGCAAAUUCGAAUCGAAAACCUUCUGUUGGUCUAAAAAGGAACAGCAAAAACAGAACCUUAGCAAGGCAGCCUAUGUCUAGGAUUCCGGCUUCCUCCAACUCUACCUCAUCCAAGCCAGCUCACGUCAAUAAUUCCAGGGUACCAAAGAAACUGAAAAAGCCUGCAAAGCCUUUACUCGCAAAGAUCAAACUGAGAAAUCAUUGCAAACGCCUGGAGCCAAGAAAUGCAUCGAGGAAGCUCGAAAUGGGGAACUUGGUACUGAAAGAGCCCAAAGUGGUCCUGUACAAAAACUUGCCCCUAAAGAAGGACAAGGAGCCAGAGGGACCAGCCCAGGCCACGGCGGCCAGUGGUUGCCUGACUCGGCACGCAGCCAGAGAACACAGGCAGAACUUGGGGCGAGGCGCCCCCGCACCCUGUGAGGGCUCGCCCUGUACCUACAUCACCAGGCGGUCCAUGAGGACGAGGAUGCACCCCAAGGAACCCCCGGACGGUACAUUCGAGUCCUCCAUCGGGGAGAGCGACAGGAGCAGUGGGCCAGAAGCUGGCUCAGAGGGGGCCACGCAGCCGGGGCCCCCUGUCCCAGAAGGCCCACCCCAGGAGUCACCACUCAAGGGGGAAGUGGAGUGUCCGAAGAGCGACAGCAGUGCGUCCAAAAAGAAAUCGCGGCAGGGGAAGCUGGUCAGACAGUUGGCCAAGGCUGAGGAAUCGGUCACACACGCCUCCCCCAGGAUAGCCAGCGGGGAGCCAGAUGGGGUAGGGUCCCCCUUGGAGCAGGGUGAGCCCCUUUGUCCCGAAGGCACCCCGGGCAGCCUCCCAGACUGGGCACUGUCCUCUGUGGGUGGCUCGGUGGUGACAUCGGACAGCUUCAAGGCCAAGGACAGCUGCAGACCGGCCAAAACGAAGAAGAAGAGGCGCAUCACCAGGUACGAUGCGCAGCUCAUCCUGGAAAACAACUCGGGGAUCCCCAAACUGACUCUCCGGCGCCGCCACGACAGCAGCAGCAAGACCAGCGACCCUGAGAGCGAGGCCAUGAGCGCGUCCAAGAUCAGCAUCAAGCUGAGCAAGGACCGAGAGCGCGACAGCAGCCUGUAUGUGGCCAAACUCAACAGCGGCUUCGGGCCGGCCGCUGGCGGCAGCUCCACCAAGCUCAAGAUCCAGCUCAAGCGGGACGAAGAGGGCCACGGUCCCUGCGCCGAGGGGCUACGUGACAAUGGCGUGUGCUGCAGCGACCCCCUGUCCCUGCUCGAGUCCCGCAUGGACAUGGACGACUAUGGGCAGUACGAGGAGGAGAGCAGCACUGAGGACGAUGAGGACGAUGACGAAGAUGACUCCUCCUCUGAUGGCGACCGGGACGCUGACGACUACGACGAUGACUUUGACGACGACUUCAUCCCGCUCCCUCCUGCUAAGCGCUUGCGGCUCAUCGUGGGCAAAGACUCCAUCGACAUCGACAUCUCUUCACGCAGGAGGGAAGACCAGUCUCUGCGGCUGAACGCAUGAGCCUGGGGCCCGCGCUGGGCUGGGCCAGUGGCUGUCUCGAGACCGAAUCUCAGCCCACGGACUCCUCGGCUGAAGCCCUGUCCUGGCAGCACUUGCCCUGUCUGCCCAGUUCUCCGCGUGCCCCCUGCCUAGCAGGGUAGACCAGCCGCCAGCUCCGUGCACAUGCUUAGGGUACUUGUAAGUCGCCUUCUUCGUGCAAUCCGAGUGAGUGUGAAGCCCCAUGGGCAUUCGAGGCGCCAGCAAACUUGUACAGUGACCAGAACUUUUCCACCCAGGAAACAAUAAUGUGGCCACACAGUUUUUGGGUUUGGGGUUUUGUUAUUUUGGUGGUUUAAAAAAAAACUUGUAGAGCACCCGCCGGCUCUUUAAUCUGACUAAAGCAUAAUUGACAACCAAUCAUAGCAGAGCAUAUUAACGUUCUCUAGGAUAUGCUAACAUCACCAGCAAUGAUCUUCUUGGCUUUUUGAUUUCUUGGCUCGAUGUUGCCCCUUUUGAGUUGUAUUGUUUUCAGUUUGCUGGCCCAGGGUCCCCUCUGGUGGCCCCGGUGAGAGUAGCCUGGCCAUCGCUGGCCGGCAGUUGGGUCUCCUUCCAAACAAAAUCCGACAACAUGCGUGACCGCUGACUUUGCAGUACGUUCUAUGUACGAGGGUAGGCGUAUUCAGGAUGAGUUUCCACACAGCGUAUUUAUUGCUUGUCAUGUAAAUUAAAGACCUUGUAUUUAACACUUUUUGAUCCUUUUAGAUAAAAAAAAAAUUGUUCUUUGCAAGAAUGAUUGGUGCUUAUUUUUUCAAAAAUUUGCUGUGAAUAAUGUGAUGACAACGAACAGCAUUUAUCUAAUGGGUUCCAGCUCUCUUCAUUUGGGUCUUCAAGUUUUCUGUUGCACUUGUAAAAUGCUACAAGGAAUAUUAAAAAGAAACUAUUCACUUUAACUUAUAAUAGUUUAUGAAAUAAAAACAUGAGUCACAGCUUUUGUUCUGUGGUAACCUAUACAAAUGUUUGUCUUUGGAACUCGCUGUAAAGAACUGAAAACAAUGUAUAUGUUGUAAAUAUUUGUGUGUUGUGAGAAAUUUUUUUGUCCUAAGAAAUUAAAAGAACUUACCAGGAAGGUUUUUAAGUUCAGAACUAUUCAUGCCAAUAAAAUAGGAAUUAUAAAUAUAUAGUUUUAAGCACUGCAUCAGUGGGUGUUCUUGGUUUAUGUUAGUUUCUGUAUGAAAAUAUCAAAGAUUUUUUUGACUAUAUUAUCAGUUAAACAAAAAAGAAGAGUCAGAUUUAAUUUGUUUUUGAAGCACUUUGAGAAGAGAAAUUUUAAGUAACUUAAUGAGCAAAUUUUUGAUUACUGCUUUAUGUCCAAUACCGAUAUUUUAUUUUUCUGCAUUAUUUUGCAAAUCAUUGGACAAGCAAUUUGGGAAUCUAAACCUGUCCCGGGUGUCUGGCACCAAUGAGUCAUUAUUUCUGGGAAAUGUGUACAUGUACUUUCAGGUAGACCGAGGUCCUAAUAAAGCCAACUUCAGGGGUUCAUGUAGCGUCUCUCGAAAAGUAGCCCCAUCUUCAACUAUUCAAGAAUCUUCAGGUAAUGUAAAGUCCAGUGCAGAAAAUAACCUCAAUGCUUCCGCUUAGUACUGAUGAGUUCUUAACCAUGUCCAGGUUUGGGGACAGCAUUUAAUUUUAAUGAAGUUCCUGAAAGCGAUUAUUCGUAGUUUCCAAAUAGAAAUUAGAAAUAUUCCUAUUCCUGAAAGGUUUUUCCAUUAAGAAUUGUUUUCACAAUUGUUUUCUUGGAGGACUUAUUUCUGCAGCCUCAUUCCCAUUUGCUCCGGGCAGUUCAAACCCUCAGGUAGGAAUUCGGGGGGCCCUCACACACCCCCUUCUCUAUGCAGAGCACACGCAGCCCGAAGCCCCGAACCCCGCCGUGGCUCUGCCAGCCAGUGUGACACUCGCGCCCUUCAACAAGGUCACGCCUCGGCCCUGAUGCUUGGGCAAAGACCAGUGGUGCCACGGGUCACCUCUGUACCCACACCCCGUGUGGAAGAGGUUCCAAGACUUUUAAAAAGUUUGUUGACAGUCCCACCAUCCAUAGACAUUUUAGCAGGGUCCUUCGAAGAAAAGAAAACAGUAGCAAAAGACCCCAUUUCCUGUCCCCCCCCCCCCCCCAUGGUUCAGCUUAACCUUCAUAAAGUAACUUAUUUAUGGCGUUCGUUUUCACGCUGGGUGGUCUCGGCUUUGAGGCCCCCUUCCCGUGGGUCUGGGCAGGGAUUUUAGGUGCUGUCCCUGCCCGGGGUCUGUGCACAAGCGCUGGGCAGCCCGGCCGGCCGGUGCCUCCAGGGAACCCUCAUUUCCGUUGUCAAGUUCGGAGGGCCUUGGAGCUCUGGCAGCCCCGCUGCAGCCUGUCACUGACCGCACAGAUAAGGUCGCAGUCAGUGAAACUGAGCUUGAACUUAUGCAAUGAUUAUUGGUCAAGAUUUUGGCGUCGUGGUAAUUAGGAAAUGAUCGUCGAACUCUUAUGUAAAAGCAUUCGAUUUUCAAAUCAUUUUUCAAAUUGCUGUUUUCAAUUGUUUGGCUGAGUUGUAAUACUUUUGAGAUACAAAUGUAUUCCUUGUACUGAAAGAAUGAAAAAAAAAACGGAUUUUUUCAGCAUUUGAGGUAAGUUCUUUAAUGUUUCAUUAAAAACAUUUUUUACAAAUAUUUUGUACAUGCACUUGCAGUAUUGAGGUUAAUCAUUUUAAUAAAUUCGGAAAUUAAAA